CGUGAUGUAACAUAAAAACACGGAAGUGUCAGUGUAAGUGUUACUUAAGCGGAGACUUGUUACAUAGCGUCCGUAACUGCAUCUUCUUCAUCUAGAAGUUAUAACACGCCUGUCUGUGACUGUAUAUAGGCUACUGCGUUUGCAUUUAAGCGCCCAACGGCGGACAGCAUUACAGUGAAGAUGCUUAAAGCCAUCGGUCAAACUUUCUUUUCUUCUGGACUCCAGCACCCAAAAUUCACUGCUCAACAGAGUAAGGGUGAAGACUAUGAGGUCCGCACUUACCACACAACAAACUGGGUCAGCACAGCUGUGACUGGCAUGGAGCAGGACCCGGCCUUAAGCACAGGCUUCAGAAGACUCUUCAAAUACAUUCAGGGGAAUAAUGACAAGAAGUGUAAGGUGGAGAUGACGGCACCAGUGAGCUGUAUGAUUGAGCCUGGUGCUGGACCCGCUUGUGAAAGCACCUUCACUGUGUCCUUCUACAUCCCUGAGGAACAUCAGGCUGACCCACCCAAACCCACUGAUCCAGAUGCUUUCAUCGAGAACAGAAAAGAGGUCACGGUUUUUGUGAGGACCUAUGGAGGCUUUGCUAACAGUGAGAGCAGCCGUGCUGAGCUUCUGAAACUGAUAGAGAGCCUCAAGAGGGAUGGGAUGAAAUUCAAGGAGGCUCCGUUUUACAGAGCGGGAUAUGACAGCCCCUUCAAACUGACCAACCGCAGGAAUGAAGUAUGGCUGAUCAAAGAUGAGGAAUAAAAGUCCUAACGAUCAAAUGGUCAUGCAUUAUGAUGUGAAUGAAGGAGGAGGUCAAUUUAUUUGUUUGAACUUAACAAUAGUUAUUGUGCAGAUGCUUUGUUUACUAUGUACCGCAAGUGCCUGAAUGUUUUUAUAUGAGAAUUUAACACUGUACUAAUUGUAUAUCUGACCAAUAUUUUACAGCAACAUUUUUAGGUACCGACAGUUAACUGCGAAAUUAUACAAAAAGAAUGUUGAAAUAACUUCUAAUUAGCUGUCAGACUGACACAUUGCCUAAAUCUCACUGUUUGCAAUGUCACUAAUAAUGUCUUAGGAUCAAGUACUGCAUGACUUGAGUUUAACUUUUUUUAAAUGUGAAAUAUGUAUAAUGUCAUCUGUAUUUUGAGCUUUUUAUACUGCACUGAAUCUUGAAUCUAAUAAUUUAAGGGAACAAUAACAUUGUAUUAGUAUUAACUUGACAACUUGUAUUUAGUCAUUUUGGUCUUAAAAUAACCUGUACAUUUUUAAACGCGGCCAUCUAGUGGUUAAAAAAAUAUAACCGAACGCAUCUUGCCAAAAGCUCUGCUGGCAUGAAUGAGUAGUAUGAUGCUGCCACACCUGAGACUGCAGUUUCAGGACCGCAGUCCUAGGAGUUUUUUUUUUCUUUUCAUAAUGUACUUUUAUAGCACUAUUCAAUUCUGUAUUUGUAUGAUGAAUUCUAAGGAAUACUUUACGCACAUUUGAGAAAUGAUCAUAGUAACAACAUUUGUGACCCUGGACCACAAAACCAGUCAUAAG